GGCUGGAUCGAAUGUGUAGGAAAUGCUGACCGAUCUUGCUUUGAUCUUUCGCGGCAUUCCGAAGCAACAAAUACCAAACUUGUAGCCGAAAGGCAUCUUGCAGCACCAAAGACCGUCAGCGUUGUGCAGUGCGUACCAAACAAAGCGGUGAUCGGCAAAACAUAUAAAAAGGAAGGAGCAGCUCUAGCAAGGUACCUUGAAACACUGGAAGACGCAGUUAAGUUUGAAAACGAAGUUAACACCAGCGGGAAUCUGACCGUGGAGGUCUCUGGUAAAACCUACCACGUAACAAAGGAGAUGUUCUCUGUCCAGCGAACUACGAAGUCAGUGUCGGUGGAAGACUUUACGCCGUCCGUCAUCGAGCCGUCGUUUGGCAUUGGACGCAUCAUGUACGCAGUUUUCGAGCACAAUUUUAGCGUCAGGCAAGGCGACGAAGCGCGAACAUUCCUGUCGUUACCUCCGCACAUUGCUCCAUACCAAUGUUCGGUUCUGCCGUUGAGCAGCGGCGCACAGUUCGAGCCUUUCGUCCAACAGAUAUCUGAUCUACUGCGUGAUUGCGAAAUCAGCCACAAAGUUGACGACAGCAGCGGUUCGAUCGGUCGGCGGUAUGCGCGCACGGACGAGAUUGGUAUUCCUUACGGUAUCACUGUUGACUUCGACACCUUGGCCGAGCCGCAUACUGCGACACUUCGCGACCGGGACUCGAUGUCUCAGAUUCGUGCAUCGAUACGUGAAUUGCCAACAAUAGUUCGCAGUCUUUGUUCUGGAAAGAUCACGUGGGCGGAAGUGAUGAACAAGUACCAAAAGUUUGAGCAGCAAGAAAAGACGAGCAAAUGA